AUGCUGGAAUUAAAGUCAGAUUCACCAGUUCCGACUGAAAAAGACACAAUUGAAACCGAUAAUGAUUCAAUCACGAAGGUAGAUACACAUGAACCACUAGUCCCACCACGGCCCCCUAAGACCAGGCCACCCAAGAAGGAAGCUUCAGCCGACAUUCCAUCCCCAAUUGAACCCGAUCAAAGUGAUAAACCAAUCCCACUGAUUCCUGAACGUCCAAAAUCAACUAGUGUCAGAGUUGCUACUCCUGAACCUGGCACUAUUCCAAUUAUCCCUAAACGCCCAGAGAGCAAAACUGGCGCGUCUAGCUCUCCUAUUCCAGUUAUUCCUGCUCGUCCAGAAGGGAAGAGUAGUGUUUCUUCGUCUCCAGUUCCAACUAUUCCUUCAUCUCGUCCAGUAAAGCAAGUUGUUAUGGCACCUGAAAAGAAAGAAGAGGUUAACGAAAAUGACGGCUCCACGACUCCCAAUAAGAUUCCUGAACAUCAUGAUGUCACUGACCAUUUACAUUCAACAUUGAACACAAGUGAUGCAAUUGACUUUGAUGGAGAUACAACUCCUGGUAAUUCCAAUACUAAAAUCACAUUUAAGGAUGAAGUUGAUGACGAAGCCCAAUUAAGAUCGGAUACUUCUAGUUUUGACGAUGAUGUUGAAACUGUCAAGGAUAAAGAUGUUGAUAAUACCGAAGUAGUUGGUGAAACCGACGAAGAAGAUACAAGGGAACAAGAAGUGUUUCAACAGGACGAAGAACCAGUUGAGAAACCAGAGGUUGACUCUGAAGACGAGACUGAACCUAUUCAAGAAGAACAAAAAGAGGAACCAGCAGUUGAGGAACCUAAAGAAGCAAUUGAAGUUGACAAAAAGGAGGAAGUUACUCAAGUAGAAAAGGCAGAAGGCCAAGACAAGCUGAAGGAGGUUGUCGAAGAACAAGUCAAGGAAGAAUCCAAGACUGUGGAGGAAACUGAAAAGCAUGUGGAAGAAGUCAAAGAAGAUAUCGACCCAAAGCAAAGCGAGAUUACAGCAACAGUUAAAGAACCAAUUGCAGAAGUGAAAGAGACACAAGAACAAAAACCAGUUACUCCCACAAUUCCUUCUCGUCCACCUAAGAAAUCACCAGAAUUGGCCAAAGUCGCUUUGAACGAGCCUAAACCGUCCAUACCACCACGUCCAUCCAAGAAUAUAGAAAGCCCUAAACCUCAAAAGGCACCUCCUCCAAAGCCCAAGAAGUUAUCUUCAAGAAUUGCAGCCUUCCAACAACAAUUAUUUGAACAAUCUUCCAAUGAUGCUAGCAAUGCACCACCUCCUAUUGCAAGAAAACUCACUUCUGAAAAGACUGGCUUUAUGUCCGGGGUUGGAAUUCCAUUACCUGGUAUGUUUAAUCCUUUGCAGUUAAAGAAACAACAAGAGGCAGCUAACGAACAAGAAGAAGAAGAAGAAGAAGAUUCAAGUGCUGUUGAACGUAAAGUGGAACCUGUUGCUUCUGCUAGAAGAGCAAAGGGACCUCGCGGAAAGAGAUUGCCUAAGGCAUUACUGGAACCUGUGAAUAUUGAAACUGAAAGUAGAUUCAAAUUGGAAACAGGUGAACUCUUUUCACUUCUGUUUACCAAGAAAGAGGAACCAAAGGAAGAAGUGAAUGAGGAAGAUAAAGACCGGCUUGAAGAGGAGAAGGAUGUGGUAGCUGAUGAAGAUAUUGCUGUUGAAGAAUCAUCUAAAGGGAAUGAUAAUGAUAUCAAUGACGUAGCUGGAAAGCCAGAUUUAGUCGAUGAAGAAAUUGACAAGGAAGAUAGCACUUCAUUCAGUGAAAUUGAGAAAGAAAACGAAAUUGAACCCGUAAUUGAAAAGGAAGAAAAAGAAUCUGAUUCUACUGAAUAUUCCAAGGAAAAUAACCAGGUUGUGGAUCAUGAUAAUGUAGAAAUAGACGAAGAACCAGAAUUACAUGAUACUGCUGAAGAUCUGAAGACUUCUGAUAAAGAGCAAGAACAGGAAUCUAGUGUAGAAGAAGAAGAAGUCAUAUCAAAAAGAGUUUAUCUGGAAGGAGAGGUUGUCAACGCAGAAUCUGGUAAAGUCGGUGAAUCCAGUAAGGAGAUUGACGAAGAAGAUGAAUUAAAGUUCAAUUAG